CGGCCAUUAUCAUUUUUAUCCUUCUCCCUUUCCCACGCCUACCCCAUUCUCUAUCUCUCUCUGAAGUUCUUUUAGGAGGACUAGGAUAGUAAGUUAAUAAGACCAAAAUAUCUUUUCCAGUUAUGGCUAGAGCAAUAGUGCAGUCUACUAAUGUGUCAUCUUUGGUUGCUCCUGGAAGAUAUGGCCAGUUUAAAGGUUCCGGUAAAAACAAAAGAGCAGUUAUGAUGCUCUGCAGUUUACAUGUUGCACCUCUUAGGAUGAGGGGUUUCUCAGGAUUGCGGACAUCCAAUGCUUUGGAUAUGAUGGUUAAAACUGGGCAGAGCUUACAUUCAAAAGUGGCCAUUGCUACGUCUAGUAGGCGAGGAAGGGGUAGCCGGAUGGCACCAAGGGCAAUGUUUGAGCGGUUCACCGAGAAAGCAAUUAAAGUGAUAAUGCUUGCGCAAGAGGAGGCCAGACGGUUAGGCCAUAAUUUUGUAGGAACUGAGCAGAUUUUAUUGGGUCUUAUUGGUGAGGGUACGGGCAUUGCUGCAAAGGUCCUAAAAUCGAUGGGCAUUAAUUUAAAAGAUGCACGUGUGGAAGUUGAAAAGAUAAUUGGAAGGGGUAGUGGAUUCGUGGCUGUGGAGAUCCCCUUUACUCCGCGUGCAAAGCGAGUGUUGGAGCUCUCACUGGAGGAGGCCCGCCAACUUGGCCAUAACUAUAUUGGGUCUGAGCACCUAUUGCUGGGUUUGCUGCGUGAGGGUGAAGGUGUAGCAGCACGUGUUCUCGAGAACUUGGGUGCUGACCCAAGUAACAUUCGCACACAGGUCAUUAGAAUGGUGGGUGAGAGUGCAGAAGCUGUUGCUGCUGGUCUUGGAGGUGGGAGUUCCAGCAACAAAAUGCCUACUCUUGAGGAGUAUGGGACAAAUUUGACAAAGAUGGCUGAGGAGGGCAAACUGGAUCCUGUUGUUGGAAGGCAGGAGCAAAUUGAACGUGUUACUCAAAUUUUGGGUCGAAGGACAAAGAAUAACCCCUGCCUUAUUGGAGAGCCUGGUGUGGGGAAAACUGCUAUUGCAGAGGGCCUUGCUCAACGGAUUGCAAAUGGUGAUGUACCUGAGACAAUAGAAGGGAAGAAGGUUAUCACUUUGGACAUGGGACUCCUAGUGGCUGGAACAAAAUAUCGAGGAGAGUUUGAGGAAAGGCUGAAGAAAUUGAUGGAGGAGAUUAAACAAAGUGAUGAAAUCAUACUUUUCAUUGAUGAAGUGCACACACUCAUUGGAGCUGGAGCAGCAGAGGGGGCAAUUGAUGCUGCAAACAUUUUAAAACCUGCUCUAGCUCGUGGUGAACUACAGUGUAUUGGAGCUACAACACUUGAUGAAUACAGAAAGCACAUUGAGAAAGAUCCUGCAUUGGAGAGGCGUUUCCAACCAGUCAAGGUACCUGAACCCACAGUGGAUGAAACUAUUCAGAUUUUGAAGGGGCUUAGGGAGCGAUAUGAGAUCCAUCACAAGCUUCGUUACACUGAUGAGGCCUUAGUUUCGGCAGCCCAGCUUUCAUACCAAUAUAUAAGUGACCGCUUUUUGCCUGAUAAAGCGAUUGACUUGGUCGAUGAGGCGGGUUCUCGUGUUCGACUUCGUCAUGCUCAGCUUCCUGAGGAAGCUAGAGAGCUUGAGAAAGAACUUAGACAGAUUACGAAGGAGAAGAAUGAGGCUGUCCGCGGUCAGGACUUUGAGAAGGCUGGUGAGUUACGUGACAGAGAAAUGGAUCUUAAGGCUCAGAUUUCGGCUCUCGUAGACAAAAGUAAGGAGAUGAGCAAGGCAGAGACUGAGGCAGGGGAUGGUGGUCCUCUUGUGACAGAAGUGGACAUUCAGCACAUUGUCUCUUCAUGGACUGGAAUACCUGUCGAGAAGGUGUCAACUGAUGAGUCAGAUCGCCUCCUCAAGAUGGAAGAGACACUACACACACGGGUCAUUGGUCAAGACGAAGCUGUUAAAGCCAUUAGCCGUGCCAUUCGUCGUGCUCGUGUUGGACUCAAGAAUCCCAACCGACCAAUUGCUAGUUUCAUCUUUUCUGGUCCUACUGGGGUGGGGAAGUCAGAACUAGCAAAAGCCCUGGCUGCUUACUACUUUGGUUCUGAGGACGCUAUGAUCAGGCUUGAUAUGAGUGAGUUCAUGGAGAGACACACAGUUUCCAAGCUUAUUGGUUCACCUCCUGGAUAUGUUGGUUACACUGAAGGUGGUCAGCUGACUGAGGCUGUGCGGCGUCGCCCAUAUACUGUUGUGUUGUUUGAUGAAAUUGAGAAGGCUCAUCCUGAUGUUUUCAACAUGAUGCUUCAAAUUCUUGAAGAUGGAAGGUUGACAGACAGUAAAGGCAGAACUGUUGACUUUAAGAACACCCUUCUGAUUAUGACAUCCAAUGUUGGAAGUAGUGUGAUUGAGAAGGGUGGCCGACGUAUAGGUUUUGAUUUAGAUUAUGAUGAGAAAGAUAGUAGUUACAACAGAAUUAAAAGCUUGGUAACGGAGGAAUUAAAACAAUAUUUCAGGCCAGAAUUUCUGAAUAGAUUGGAUGAGAUGAUAGUUUUCCGGCAGCUUACUAAGCUGGAAGUGAAGGACAUAGCCGACAUUAUGUUAAAGGAGGUCUUUGACAGGUUGAAGAAAAAGGAAAUAGAGCUUCAGGUUACAGAGAGGUUUAGAGAUAGAGUUGUCGAGGAAGGUUACAACCCAAGCUAUGGAGCAAGGCCACUAAGAAGGGCAAUCAUGAGACUCUUGGAGGAUAGCCUAGCUGAGAAGAUGCUUGCGCGUGAGAUUAAAGAAGGAGAUUCAGUUAUUGUCGAUGUGGAUUCAGAUGGCAAUGUUACCGUUCUCAAUGGCACCAGUGGUGCUCCACCAGAGUCAUUGCCAGAGCCAAUUGCUGUGUAGAUGGAAGCUUGCUGGUUGACUUCUAUGAAUAUUGUUGUUUGUACCGCUGCUUUGAAAUUGAAUUGGGUUCAAAUAUAUCCCGGUUUAGGAAAGUGAUUGGCGGUAGUACUCUUGCUGGUUCGUCGACUAAUGGUUAAAUAUCAUCUAGGGUUGGGUCACAAUGUUGCAUUUUCUUGGCCAGCAAAGAUUCAAAGAAAAUGUGUUCCGACUGUUCCAAGUAAUAUGAGAAAUACAGUGCUAGGGGAGUUGAAUCUUCUGAUACUAGUAAUGAAAGUAAGGUAGAUACUCGCCUUUGAAUGGCUUUCCUCUUGUUUUUAGGAUCUUGAAACGUGUGGAUCAUACGAUAUUAGCAUUUUCUUGUUUUUGGCCUUGUUUUUAUUCUUUUCCGGACUUCUCUUCCUAUGAUAUGCCUACUUUCUGUGCUUUUCGAA